AUGAAGGGCAUAAGACUCGGUUACUGUAGUUUCUUGUUUGGCACACCCUCCCAUCCACCUCGUCAUCGCCUCUCCCUCCCACCCACCUCGUCAUCGCCUCUCCCUCCCAUCCACCUCGUCAUCGCCUCUCCCUCCCACCCACCUCGUCAUCGCCUCUCCCUCCCACCCACCUCGUCAUCGCCUCUCCCUCCCACCUUUCCAUCGCUGCUCCCUCCCACCCACCCCGCCAUCCCCUCUCACUCCCACCGCACCGUGACUCUCCCUCCCACCCGCUGUCGCCGCUCCCUCCCUCCCGCCGUCGCCGCUCCCUCCCUCCCACCGUCGCCGCUCCCUCCCUCCCGCCGUCGCCGCUCCCUCCUCUCCGCCGUCGCCUAUCCCUCCUCCCCGCCGUCGACUCUCCCUCCUCUCCGCCGUCGCCUCUCCCUCCUCCCCGCCGUCGUCUCUCCCUCAUCUCCGCCGUCGCCUCUCCCUCCUCCCCGCCGUCGCCUCUCCCUCCUCUCCGCCGUCGCCUCUCCCUCCUCCCCGCCGUCGCCUCUCCCUCCUCUCCGCCGUCGCCUCUCCCUCCUCCCCGCCGUCGCCUCUCCCUCCUCCCCGCCGUCGCCUCUCCCUCAUCCCCGCCGUCGCCUCUCCCUCCUCCCCGCCGUCGUCUCUCCCUCCUCCCCGCUGUCGCCUCUCCCUCCCACCCCGCCGUCGCCUCCGGCGACAGGAGCACGAGCGCAACCGCGAGUUGUCCCAUUUGAAGUAGGAAUGAGAGGGGAGUGCGAGUGA